AUGUCACGUAGCCUCCGGAAAACCCCACUUGUACACUUGUGAGAGAAUGAGAAUGCAAAAGGCAGUCUUCACAUUAAUAUGGAAAUAGUUUUGACCUUCCCCCUGAAAGGGUCUGGGGACCCUCAGACCAUACUCUGAGAACAACUUUUUGAAAAGAUGAAACAACGGACGUACUGAGGGUCCUCAUUAUAACGCAUCCAGAGAAUGCACAAAUAUGCCAUUUUCAUCCGUCGAAAGAACUGAAGCCGAACUGACGGACUGUACAUCAGAUAUUUGGAGUUCUUACAACAUGGCAGACAUUGACAACAAAGAACAGUCUGAACUUGAUCAAGAUUUGGAUGAUGUUGAAGAAGUAGAAGAAGAGGAAACUGGUGAAGAAACAAAAAUCAAAGCACGUCAGCUAACUGUUCAGAUGAUGCAAAAUCCUCAGAUUCUUGCAGCCCUUCAAGAAAGACUUGAUGGUCUGGUAGAAACACCAACAGGAUACAUUGAAAGCCUGCCUAGGGUAGUUAAAAGACGAGUGAAUGCUCUCAAAAACCUGCAAGUUAAAUGUGCACAGAUAGAAGCCAAAUUCUAUGAGGAAGUUCACGAUCUUGAAAGGAAGUAUGCUGUUCUCUAUCAGCCUCUGUUUGAUAAGCGAUUUGAGAUUAUUAAUGCAAUUUAUGAACCCACGGAAGAAGAAUGUGAAUGGAAACCAGAUGAAGAAGAUGAGAUUUCGGAGGAAUUGAAAGAAAAGGCCAAGAUUGAAGAUGAGAAAAAGGAUGAAGAAAAAGAGGAUCCCAAAGGAAUUCCUGAAUUUUGGUUAACUGUUUUUAAGAAUGUUGACUUGCUCAGUGAUAUGGUUCAGGAACAUGAUGAACCUAUUCUGAAGCACUUGAAAGAUAUUAAAGUGAAGUUCUCAGAUGCUGGCCAGCCUAUGAGUUUUGUCUUAGAAUUUCACUUUGAACCCAAUGAAUAUUUUACAAAUGAAGUGCUGACAAAGACAUACAGGAUGAGGUCAGAACCAGAUGAUUCUGAUCCCUUUUCUUUUGAUGGACCAGAAAUUAUGGGUUGUACAGGGUGUCAGAUAGAUUGGAAAAAAGGAAAGAAUGUCACUUUGAAAACUAUUAAGAAGAAGCAGAAACACAAGGGACGUGGGACAGUUCGUACUGUGACUAAAACAGUUUCCAAUGACUCUUUCUUUAACUUUUUUGCCCCUCCUGAAGUUCCUGAGAGUGGAGAUCUGGAUGAUGAUGCUGAAGCUAUCCUUGCUGCAGACUUCGAAAUUGGUCACUUUUUACGUGAGCGUAUAAUCCCAAGAUCAGUGUUAUAUUUUACUGGAGAAGCUAUUGAAGAUGAUGAUGAUGAUUAUGAUGAAGAAGGUGAAGAAGCGGAUGAGGAAGGGGAAGAAGAAGGAGAUGAGGAAAAUGAUCCAGACUAUGACCCAAAGAAGGAUCAAAACCCAGCAGAGUGCAAGCAGCAGUGAAGCAGGAUGUAUGUGGCCUUGAGGAUAACCUGCACUGGUCUACCUUCUGCUUCCCUGGAAAGGAUGAAUUUACAUCAUUUGACAAGCCUAUUUUGAAGUUAUUUGUUGUUUGUUUGCUUGUUUUUGUUUUUGCAGCCUAAAAUAAAAAUUUCAAAUACAA